AACAGACAAACCAAGCCAUUCCAGCUCCUCUUCCAACCCGUCCAGUAUAUAUUCGCUCAGCUCAUGAAAGGAGUCAUUUCCGCGCUGCUACCCUUACCCAUUGACACAGCUUCAGCAGUUACAGUCAAGGUGUGUUCUCUGGACCAUCGUCGCCCACUUGGUUCCUAUAUCGGUGAGACGUUCCCGAGUGCAUCCUGGCGGCGUAUAUAGUCCGGUGACAAGGGAUCGGGUCAUAGGGAAGACAGCAGAUGACGCAGAACCGCUGACCACCGCCCACACUCUGGUGAACCCGUCUUCUUGAUUCAUUUUACGAUCGCUCUCCGGAGACGACGGGACUGCUGUCAACCUUGUCGCAAAAAGAGUACAUCAAUAAGCUUCCAACCGUGUGCGCCAGGCUGCCAACUCAAGCCUUCUUCGACCGCUACUUCUUGGGAUAGAAAACGCAUGCCAACAUCAGGAAAGUCGUUACAUCCAUUAUCAGUAGUUCCCCCAAUCCGAAGUCUCUAAGUGCGCAUCGCGGCCGGCUGUGCGCCCCCCUCAUCCAUGGAUCUCAAGUUUGCGACCUUCUCCUCGGAGAUCGAGCUGCCCUUCUACUCGGCCCUCUUCUCAUCCAAACUCGACCAUGACAAGCUCGACUCUUCGGCCCGCCCUGUCUUGGGCUUAUAUGAACCUCGGUCGCACGCGAGUCCAGAGGCCAGUACGAGAAUGCAGAUCUUGGGGAGCGCCCUAACAAGCGACCACGGGCCCUUGGGCAUGACGAGAGCCGAAGGCUACAUUAAGAACGUCAACACGAUCGAGGAAUUCAAAAACACGGACAAAAAUGCGAUGAUCAAGAAGGCGGGCGAACAGAUCUGGGAUGCUAUUCAAGACGGCACGAUAUACUCCUGCCCAUCGCUACUUGCCUCUUUCCGGAUCCUGUCAUACGCCGACCUGAAGAAGUACAAGUUUACCUACUGGUUCGCAUUUCCAGCCCUACACUCGGAGCCGCAGUGGAAGCGAACAGGACCGAUUGGCCGGUUGACCUCGGACGAAAGCACUGCUUUGGUCGAGCGCAUAGGAACAUGGCGAUACAUGGUUGACAGGAGAGAGCACGGAUUCUUCCUCGCAAAGAAAGUGCGUCGCGAGGCCGCAGGCCCAAGAUCCUCACUUGAUGAUCCCGGGGUCGAUAUCGGCUACCGUUGGGAUAUUGGAUCUCUCAGAGACUUCGAGACGGGAUUCUUCAACGACGCGGCGGAAGAGGACAGAUAUGUUGCUUUCGUGGACCCAUCCAACUAUCCCGAGUACCCUUCCUGGCCUCUUCGUAAUCUCCUCAUCCUUAUCCGGCAAAGAUACCGCCUCAACAAGGUCCAAAUUCUCUGCUACCGCGACACGCAGCCUAGGAGACAUGAAGCGCGGAGCACCAUCCUGCCACUGGCGAUGGACCAAGUUGGCGACGUGGAGUUGAAGUGUAUGCCCAAGGUUACCGGCUGGGAGAGGAACGGUAACGGCGAUCUCAGGCCACGGGUCGCGAAUCUGGCAGAGUACAUGGAUCCCACUCGACUAGCAGACCAGGCAGUGGACUUGAACUUGAAGCUGAUGAAGUGGCGGCUCGCGCCGAAUCUUGACUUGGACGCGAUCAAGAAUACGAAAUGCUUGUUGCUGGGCGCAGGGACACUCGGCAGCUAUGUCUCGAGAAACCUGCUAGGGUGGGGAGUUCGCAAGAUCACGUUUAUUGAUUAUGGGAGCGUAUCUUAUUCAAACCCAGUACGGCAGCCUCUCUUCAAGUUUGAAGAUUGUCACAAUGGGGGAAAGCCGAAGGCUAUUCAAGCUGCCGAGGCACUUAAAGAAAUUUAUCCAGGAGUUGAUGUAGAGGGCUACGCACUCUCUGUUCCGAUGCUGGACCACGCGAUCCACAACGAGGCAAAAACCAAAGCAGACUUUGACAAGCUGAAGGAGUUAAUCGAUUCACACGAUGCGAUCUUCCUCCUCAUGGACACGCGCGAGUCCCGAUGGCUGCCCACACUGAUGGGCAAAGCUGCGAACAAGAUCGUGAUGAAUGCGGCACUCGGAUUCGACACCUACGUUGUCAUGCGACAUGGUGCGGCGCCGAACGACGGCAGUGAAGAGACCCUUGGAUGUUAUUUUUGCAACGACGUAGUAGUUGCUGCCGAUUCGAUGAAAGACCAAACGCUCGACCAACAAUGUACCGUCACCCGUCCCGGCGUGGCAGCCAUCGCUUCGGCCCUCCUCGUCGAGCUUCUCACUAGCAUUUUGCAGCACCCGCUCAAGCAACACGCGCCCGCGCCCGUCUCAACCGGCACCGGCUCUGCCGUCUCGUACGAGCGCGAUCCCCCUGACCAUCCCCUCGGUCUUGUCCCGCACCAGGUCCGCGGUUUCCUAUCCAACUUCCAGAACAUGGUUAUACGCGGCAAGUCGUACCCGCAGUGCAGCGCCUGCAGCAAGCCCAUCCUCGACGCAUACAAGGAGGGCGGAUGGGAGUUUGUCAAGACGGCGCUGGCUAGUCGGGACUAUGUAGCUGAGCUGAGUGGGCUGGCUGAGGUGCAGCGGUUGGCGGAGAAGGCGGCUGCGGAGAUGCAGUGGAGUGAGGAUGAGGAGGGGAUGGAUGAGGAGGAAGGCGAGGGAGAAUUGAUUUGAUUUGGAACAUACUGGAUGCGGAAAGAGUUUGGGUUUGUGGGGAUGAAAUGUAGCGAACACGGUAGGGGUAUAAAAUGAUGAAGGGAUCACUCGCAGAGGGGUUGGCUGGGACUUCGACCCUAGGGUCAUCCUUCAUAUGCAUCACGAUAAGAAAGAGAAGGGAGUUAUGCGCAUGUUUGUGUCCGGUUCAUUCACCUGGCGUUUUCGGUGGUGUAGUAUGGGUAUGUGUUAUUACUUUGUUGUCUCUACAUGAGUUGAACGAUUCAGUAUCAUCUAUACAUGUAAUCUAUCUUGCUUUAAAUCUUGCUAUGGUCACGGGCAAGGAAGUGUUUGGAUGAAUGAUGGGCUUCGCAUGGAGACGACAGUUUCAUCCCCCGCAACCACCAUGCUUGCUCACACCACAGCCUAACAUUUGCUAUCAGAGGAAACGAAACACAUUUCUCGCCAAGUCUACCGAAUCGACGCUGACUAGAGGUGUGGUGAGGUUGUAGACCUUACGAGCAUCAUUGAACAUG